AUGGCUUUAAAGGGUAGGGACGUAAUUGGCAUUGCUGAGACUGGUUCUGGAAAGACGCUGGCUUAUUUGCUUCCUGCUUUGAUUCAUGUCAGUGCACAGCCUCGUCUGCGUAAGUAUUGUUUUACAGUUCUGUAUGGAUUGCCAUCGUUUUUAUCUUCAAGUAGUCUUAUAAGUUGUCUCCUUAUUGUUAAUAAUACAGUACAAGGUGAAGGUCCUAUUGUGCUAGUAUUGGCACCUACCAGAGAAUUGGCAGUUCAGAUUCAAGAAGAAACUCUGAAAUUUGGAUCUCGUGCGAAUAUAAGGAGUACUUGCAUUUAUGGCGGUGCCCCAAAAGGACCACAGAUUCGUGAUCUUCAAAGAGGUGUUGAAAUUGUUAUAGCUACUCCUGGGCGAUUGAUAGAUAUGUUGGAAGCUCAGCGCACAAACUUGAAAAGAGUGACUUAUCUUGUGUUGGAUGAGGCUGAUCGAAUGUUGGAUAUGGGGUUUGAGCCUCAAAUCCGCAAAAUUGUUGCCCAAAUCCGACCAGAUAGACAGACAUUGUACUGGAGUGCCACAUGGCCAAGAGAGGUGGAGACUCUAGCUAGGCAGUUUUUGCGCAAUCCAUAUAAGGUACUCAUUGGGUCCCCUGAUCUGAAAGCAAACCAGUCUAUAAACCAAAUUGUUGAAAUAAUGACAGAGGUGGAGAAGUACAACAGGUUGAUCAGACUUCUCAAAGAACUGAUGGAUGGAAGCCGGAUUUUAAUAUUUUUGGAGACAAAAAAGGGAUGCGAUCAAGUCACAACACAGCUGAGAAUGGAUGGGUGGCCAGCUUUAUCCAUCCAUGGUGAUAAAAGCCAAGAUGAAAGGGAUUGGGUCCUGGCUGAGUUUAAAAGUGGCAGGAGUUCUAUAAUGACUGCCACUGAUGUUGCGGCACGUGGUCUUGAUGUGAAGGAUAUAAAAUGCGUGAUCAAUUAUGAUUUUCCAUCAAGUCUUGAGGAUUAUGUCCAUAGGAUUGGCCGAACUGGUCGUGCAGGAGCUAAGGGAACUGCCUUCACGUUUUUCACCCAUGCAAAUGCUAAGUAUGCUAGAGCUCUCAUUAAAAUUCUGCAAGAAGCAGGGCAAAUUGUUCCUCCUGCAUUGUCUGCGUUGGCCCGGUCAAGUGGUUAUGGCCUUGGAGCUUCUGGGGGCAACUUCCGCUCCAGAGGAAGGGGAGGUUUUGGCAACAGGUCGAUUUCAGGAUCUAACACUGUUCCUCUUGGUGGAAGGAGGCCUUGGUAG